AGUAAGAUUGCCGUGCAGAUAUUGGUAUGUUGCCUUUAGCAACUGUAGAAGCUGAAAGUAAAUAAAUACAUCAUUAGCAUUCGCCGUACUUGUUAUGAAAAGAUUGUUGAACCGACUUGAACUCACAUGUCAACAUAAAAAAAGAGAAAAAAAUCAAAUAAUCAGAGGGCGCUAGCUGCGCAGGCUAUGAACUGAAGUGUUAUUGCUCUUGAUAACGGCUAUAUUAUAAUUUCAAAGGAAUUUGUAUAUAUUAUGAUUGUGAAAAUGUGUUUUGAUUAUCACAAACCAAAUAGAUUUGUAAAGCAAUGGGUACUGAUUAGUUCCUUUUACUUCAAUACUUUUUCCAUCACUUUAAACUCUAUGGACUUCUUGUAGUAAAUGAUCGGUUUACCUGACAAGUCUUGAAUGCUUUUUCUGCUUCAGUUUGACAGUUUUGUGGACAAGUUCUUACACAGACAUUUAUUUGUCAAUUUUCAGAUGCAGUAGAAUACAUUCUGUACAUUUUUCAUAUUGCAAAUAUGACAGAGCAUUUGAUGUUUUCCAUUAUAUGCUCAAUGAGAAGCUCUUGCCUCCUUGGUAAAAGAAGGAAAGGAUAUAAAGUUUCUUACCUUGGAAGAUGAAUCUAAAUUUUUAGUGAUAAGUUGUGAAAUGGUGAUGAAGAAAACAUGUCAUUUUAUUGUUUUUAUAUCAGUUUGCUCAUUCGCUGUUUAUUCAGGUAUUACCCAAUCAGAACCAGAAUAUACCACUGCACUCCUCGGUGAGGAUGUGAUACUUCCUUGUACCUUCUCAUUUCCUGAAGGUACUCCAGUACCGUAUGUGGUACAGUGGCAGAAACAGGAUGUGAAGAUACCUAUUUAUAUUUGGUAUGAUGGAUAUCCGCCUCAUGCGGGUGAAGGUUAUGAAGGAAGGGCAUCUCUGGCUGGAUUAGCAGCUCUGAACCUUACUUCAGUAAGGGAAGCAGAUCAAGGAUGGUAUGAAUGCAAAGUAUACUUUUUGAAUCGACCGCCUGAUUCACCUAAAAAUGGCUCAUGGGUGCAUCUUGAUGUACUUGCUCCUCCUCACUUUAAACUCAAACCACCAGAUACAGUAUAUGUCAAAGUAGGAGAAUCUGUUACUCUGAAUUGUGAAGCUAUUGGAACACCUCUUCCUGUAAUUUCAUGGACAAAAGACAAUCUGCCCUUGCAGGCAUCUCCUUCUAUACAGAUUACUGCAUCAGAACUGAGAAUCAACAAUAUUCAACAGUCAGAUAUUGGUGACUAUCUGUGUGUUGCCUCAAACAAAGAAGGAAAAGUUAGUGCUUUAACAAAAGUUAUAGUUGCAGGACCUGCUGUGAUCACAGUGCCUCCUCGCAAUACUAGUAAAUUGGAAGGUGGUAAAGUUGAAUUUAUCUGUGAAGCAAAGGCUUUGCCAGCCAAUAUCACCCACCGCUGGUAUCACAAUGGUGUUGAUAUCACUCAGCUCUCUUGGCUGGAAAGUCGAUCUCUUAUUCGCAAAGAUGGACUACUUUUCAUCAAUCCUCUUACUGCAGAAGAUUCUGGCCUUUAUACCUGUGAAGUAUCCAAUGGAAUUGGCAAUCCUGAUUCUGCAUCUGCUUAUUUGAGUGUGGAAUAUCCAGCUCGUGUUACAUACUCUCCUACUAUACAAUAUCUACCUGCAGGAUUGUCAGGUAUUUUACGUUGCUAUGUUCAAGCAAAUCCACCAUUUCAAUUUAUCAACUGGACAAAAGAUCGGCGGCCAUUUGAUCCUAAUGCAAAUCCAGGGGUGAUAACCCUUAAUAAUGGCUCUUUGUUGUUUCAAAGAGUAAGUCAUGAACACCAAGGCAGAUAUCGGUGUACUCCAUAUAAUGUUCAUGGUACUGCUGGGACUUCCAAUAUUAUGGAGGUUCUAGUUAGAGAUCCUCCUAUGUUUAUUGUUAAACCUCAUGACACUUAUCAAAAACCGGUGAACAGUGAAGUAAAAAUGCCCUGUGUUGGUUCUGGACAACCAAAACCUACCGUAGUAUGGCGUCGAGCUGAUGGUGAAAAAUUGCCAAGGGAAAGAGCUAUUAUCAGAGGAGGCAAUUUAACUAUUAAAGGCUUGAGAAAGGAAGAUCAUGGACGAUAUGAGUGUGUUUUAGAAAAUGAAAUUGCAACAUUGGUCACCAGCACUCUUCUUCUUGUUGAAGGAACUACGCCUCAUGCUCCAACUAAUGUCACAGUUAAUACAAGUUCUUUUGAUGCAACUCUUACAUGGUUACCUGCAUAUGAUGGGAAUUAUGAGCAGACAUAUGUUAUUUGGUAUCGUUUAGCAGAUCAAGGCAUCAGUGAAUGGCGGACUGUUCGAGUUGUACCUGAGGGAUCUACAACUGUCACUCUGUAUAAUCUGCAGCCUGAUACUGAAUAUGAAUUUCAAGUUCUAUCCAGAAAUAUUUUAGGAGAUGGCUUAUUCAGUCCUAUUGUGAAAGCACGAACUAAGACUUGGGAUUAUCUUGGUGGUGUAUAUCCUACUGAUGCAUAUGGAGCAACUUAUAUUCCAACUGUACAAAAGCCUUCAGGUCCUAAACCUUGGCCACCUAGAAAUGUGACAGUUAUCAAAGGAGCUUUGGGUGUUAUAAUAUCAUGGCAACCUCCAAAGAACCAGACUGUACCUGUUGCAUUUUAUUUUGUUGAAUCUCGGACAGAUGAUGGUCAGUGGCAACGCUGGGGACCUAUUCGAGAUGAAACAUCUUAUUUAAUGUCAACUCUUACUGGGGGCCAAACAUAUCAUUUUCGUGUGUAUGCAUAUUCCAUAAUGUCAGUGGGCUCUGCUAGUCCCGAAGUCAUUUUUCAUGCAGCUGGAGAUGAUGAAAGCCAUGGCAGGAACAAGGCUAUCACUGCUGGUGUAGUUGGAGGUGUUUUGUUUUUCAUAGUUGCAAUCAUUUUAUCCAUAUGUGCUGUCAAAAUAUGUAAUAAACGUAAAAGAAGAAAAGCUGAAAAAGCUUAUAAAAUGGUGACUUGUUCAGUUACUGAUCAAAGGAAUGGAGGUCAUUCUCAUACAGGCUCACCACUUCCAAUAAAAAAAAAUGAAGAAAGCGGAAUACCAAGUAUAAAAUUCCCAUCUCUGGCCAGCUUAGGUAGAAUAGGCAUAGCAUCCAACCCUAAGGAACGGACAAGGACUUUUCAUGGGUGGCCAGUGCAUUUGAGACAUCCAAGGGGUGCUCGUUACAAUGUCCAAAUGGAAUAUUCCCAACCCCUUGGUUGGAUCAGCCGCUCAGCGGAUGGUAAGUUUGUGUUGCGAGGCAGUGCUGAUGAUGAGGAGGGGGGUUUUGUGAGGACAGCCCCGACUGCUGCUCACUCCCUCAUUCCGUCCAACUAUGCAGGAGCCAGGGGCAGCAUUCGCAGUGAUGGAAGUGGACAGAGCAGCCACCAUUUGCAUCUGAGUCCAUCAACUCCUUUAUAUGGACCCUAUGCAACUCCAUCGCGAUUCCACACUAGUAGCCCUGGCUUGGGUGCAUCCUCCUUCUUUGCUGAAGAUAUAAGUUCAGUCCGUCAACCCUCUUCUGUAGAACGCUCUUUCCCAAGCACAGUGUCAAGUCAUUUGACACCACCAUUUCCAAUGCACUUCAGACCAAUCCAUAGAGCUCAAGAUGCACCUCCACCAAAUUGGAUGCUCCACCAACAGGUCCUGGGGUCUCCUCUUCAGACAUCCUAUCAGCAAGGAUGGCCGGGCUCCCGGCACUGGUUGCCAGCCCAAGCAUACCCAGCAACUCCAGCUGGUCCUCGUUUUUAUCCCGUACGUCCAUCUGUUCCCAGGGGUUUUAGUGGUAGCAUUCACCCAAGGCAGCAAAUCUCCCCUACCCAUCAUCGACCUUUGGCAACGAGUAGCCCUCCACAUCUAGAAGGCCAUGGGGUUUCUCAGGUUCCAUGUGGUAAUGAUUCUAGUGAAAGUGGUAGCAGUGAUGUUCAACCGGUGACAUACACAAGGGAUCGACUGUUGGGUGCCGUUGAACGUGUCAGAAGUGCAGCUUAUCACAGACAACUUCAUGCACCUGGCAUGGAAUUCUUCUCUGAAAUGGAUGGCCCACUCGUAAACAAUCGGAGGUUGACAACUCCCAGCCGUACUAGUGUUACCAGUGGCAGUUCAGGACAUGGUAGUAAGGCAGCUUCCCUUGCCCAUUCUAGUCUCCAAGGAGAACUGGAUGUUAAUAAUCGUAGUGGAAGCAGUAGUGGUUUUGUGAGCCGCAACCACUCUGCAGCCUUUCAUUCAGCAUCAUUGACGCCUAAUGGAGUACCUCACCACAAUGGUGGUUCUUCUGUUUUUGAAGCAGAUUCACCCCACUCUGAACCAGCCUUGCCAAUUGUUGAUGGUUACAUACGGCCUCGUAAUAGACCAUCUGGAGCUGCUCGCUACAUGCGAGAUGGCUGGAGUGAACGUGGCCUUAGUGAUAGUGAACUCUGUGGUGGUUUAUAUCCUACCGGACCUCGUAAAUAUGAGAAUACUGAGGCACGAUGUGCUGCUCUGAAGGAAGAGUUUCUUCGUUUUAGACAAAGACAACGGGAGAGACAACGAUCUGUUGAAUUGGAAAGCACUUGCUGAUCAUGUUUUAACUGCCAAAUCUGAAGUGAUGUUAUCUGUUCAUCCAGGCUGCACAGAGAUUGAAGGAGCUUCCUAUAGUGCAAUAAGUUGACAAAAACUAUCUGGAGUACACUCUUCUAUUUGUUGUACUUAAGUGUGGCAGUGGUAAGUCAAUUUCUCCCCCUCCUGUUUCUCCCCAAAAGCAGUGCUUUUUAUUUUCUUUCCUCCCUUGUCAUUGUGCUUAUCAUGUUGUCUGUAAAAAUCAAAAUGUGGGAAAGUUUUAAGUGAUAUAUCAUCCCAUCAGUGUAUUUAUACCUGCCCAUUUAAUGUUUAUGUAUUGUUGCACAAAAAUGUACAGGCACUAGUGCAAUGAUUAUUGAUGUUGUAAGAAUUGGAUUUCCUUAAAUGAAAUAUCCUCUAUCUGCAGUUUAGCCACCUCGUAUAGAUUCUAAAACCUAUUUUAGAAAUAUAAAAUGUUGUAGUUGCUGAUUUUUAUUUUUUAUAUAAUGAAAGGUUUACAGAAGUUGGAUGUUGAAAAUUUAUGUGAAUUAAUAAAAUCUAAAAUUUUUUAAAGCAAAAAAUGCAAUAUUAAAUAUUUUAUUUAAAGCAAUAUUUGAAAUUAUUCAAAGUGUUUAUUAUCAAAUAAUAUUAACUCUGAAGAGUACCUGAAAUAUUUCAUUUUUUUUUCUGUUCAGUUUUUUUUCAGUACAAAUUUAGAUAUAUAUCUAUUUUUAUUUCUGUUUGAAAUUCUUUCUAAAUGCUUUAAAUAUUUAUUUGUUACAAAACUCUUUUUAAAUAUUUGUUAGAUUAUGUUGAAUUAUUAGAAUCAAAGGCAUUAUUUUUAUAUAAAAGAUUAUCAUUUAAACAUUAUAGUUAUUAUUUUUUUAGUGAAGUUUAUGGAGAUAUAUGUCUAAAAUAAAAGCUGUUCAUAUGAUCAUAAUUUGUGGGCAUCAAGGAAUUAAUAAUUAUGUAAGAAAACUAUGCAAAUCUAAAACUAUUGCUGUUUUACAUGAACUGGAUUUAAAGUUAUAUUUAAUUAGAGAAACACUUUCUCCCCACCCCCACCGUGAUUUAAUUCUAAAGCAAUCGUAACAUUAGCUUUCGGCAUUUUUAAAAUGGUAGCAAAUUGGAAUGCAUAAGUGUUUUUUAAUUCUUCUGCUAUUUUAAUUAUAAAGAAAGAAAAUUAAUACUGUUUUUUAUUUAGUGUUAAAUGUUUAAAAUAAAAAAAAACACUGGAAAAAUUAUCAUAUAUUAAUUCAAAAUAUGAGAAAAUCAUAUACAUUUAGUGCCUCCACCCUUCCAAUUUACGAUUUAAAUGUUAUCACAUGAAAUCAAAUCUUAUGUACAGUUUCAUUCUUUCUGUUUUAAAAAUAAUUUUUCAUUAUUUUUUAAAUCUUAUUUGCUAUUAAUUCGAUGUUUGUAUACAGUGUAGCAGCAAAAAUAUGACUUCACAAUUUUUGGAAUGUUACAAGUUGGGUGAGAAAUCACAAUAAUAGGUUUCAAGAAGGGAUGGGAGCAUUGCAAGGAAUGGAAAUUUCCCAUUUGAAAUGUAGAUUAUUAUAUUUUAUUAUGGAGCUGAGACUGAGACUACAAAUUAAUGUCCAACUUAAGAUAUAGGUCUCGGUAAUUUUUUUUUUUAAAGUAAAUAAAAGAAAUAAUAAGACUAAGGUAAAUUUUAAGUAAAUUAAGAUGUUAAGAAAUUAUUUUUUCUUUUUCUUUUUUAAAGAAAAAUUAUAAAACAACUGGCAAAAUAAUUUUGAAAAACUUCUUUAUAGAUAUAUUUAAAAAAAAAUUGUUAAAUAUGAU